CGUCCAGAUUCCAUCUCAGUCCCCGGCGCACGAUACCCAUCCUCUGCUUUUGCCUGUCGCUCUUUGCAGUUUGUUCGCUCACCUAGUCCGCCCACACCAGCCCAACGGAAUUAUCGAGAUGACUGUGCCGUCCGCAUCAGAAGCCGUGGCGAAGGUCGCUAAUGCCGCCGCUGGUACAAAAUCAUCGGCGAAGGAGUUCAAGAAGGAAUCGACAGCGGCACGUUUCCUCGGUGCAGGAACGGCUGGUAUUGCCGAGCUGAUGAUUUUCCACCCCGUCGACACCACAGCAAAGCGAUUGAUGAGCAACCAGGGAAAGAUCUCAUCGGCUUCUCAAUUGAACCAAGUCAUCUUCAGGGAUAGCGCACAGGCAUCGGUCUCAGGCCGCUUCUUUUCGCUGUUUCCGGGUCUAGGAUACGCCGCUGCGUACAAGAUUCUCCAACGUGUCUACAAGUACGGCGGCCAGCCCUUCGCUCGGGAUUACCUCGCAAAGAACCACGGUGACAGCUUCGAUCGCGCAUUUGGAAAGGGCAAUGGCAAGGCGAUAAUGCAUGCCACCGCAGGCAGUCUCGUGGGCAUUGGUGAAAUUGUCUUGCUGCCCUUGGACGUUCUCAAGAUCAAGCGCCAGACAAACCCUGAAGCCUUCCGAGGACGAGGGCUGUUCAAGAUUAUCGCGGAUGAAGGGUUUGGCCUCUAUCGUGGGUGGGGCUGGACAGCAGCUCGCAACGCCCCGGGAUCGUUCGCAUUGUUUGGUGGCUCGGCCGCGGCCAAAGAAUAUUUUUACAAGCUAAGCGACUACAACGCGGCUACCUGGGGACAGAACUUUGUUGCCUCAAUCGCCGGUGCCAGCGCUUCGCUCAUUGUUUCGGCUCCCCUGGACGUUAUCAAGACUCGGAUACAAAACAAGAACUUUGAGAACCCGGAGAGCGGCUUCCGGAUCAUCUCCAACAUGAUGAAGAUUGAAGGCCCUACCUCCUUCUUCAAGGGCCUGACACCGAAGCUUUUGAUGACAGGCCCCAAGCUCGUCUUCUCGUUCUGGCUGGCCCAAACGCUGAUACCCGCUUUCAACAAGAUAAUGUAAAUGUAGACGCGCUACGCUUUCUCUGCUGUACAAUAAUAGGGCUCGGGGUUGGGUUUAUGCAGAGGGAUUCCGGCGCCAAUGAAGCGUCCCAGGCGACAUGUUUGGCUUCUGUAUCAGAGCCCACAUGCUAAUAAACUCUUCUCCACUGUGCG